UUAGGUUAAGGUGUUGUAACCUCAAUUGCACGUGUUAUUUUUUUUAUCCAGUUGUCUUUCUAAUUGCGAAAAUGGUACGAAGACACAAUAACCAGUUGCCGGAGAACCUGCCACAAUUGCAAAAUCUUAUAAAACGUGACCCAGCCUCAUAUCAUGAAGAAUUCAUGCAACAAUAUCAACAUUUCCAAAACACAAUUCAAGUUUUUGAGUUAAGCCCUGAUCAAACUAACAAGACUUUGGAUGAUUUGGUCAUGUUUAUGGCACAAGUUUCCCAUUGUUAUCCCAAGGAACUUAUGAACUUUCCUCAACAACUGAUUGAUUUAUUAGAAAAAAAUAGUACAGUUCUGAACAGUACCAUGAGAAUGACCUUCUGCCGAGCUCUUAUCCUUCUACGGAAUAAGAAUUUAUUGGCCCCCACGGACCUAUUGGAGUUAUUUUUCAAGCUUCUGAGAUGCCAAGACAAGGCGCUGAGGUCGUUUUUGGAAACUCAUAUAAUCACAGAUAUAAAAAAUUUAAACGCUAAACAUAAAAAUGCCAAAUUGAACACAACUUUACAGAAUUUUAUGUUUACAAUGUUGAAGGAUACAAACUCAAGAGCGGCAAAAAUGUCUGUUGAUAUCAUGAUUGAACUAUACAAGAAGAAUGUUUGGAAUGAUGCAAAAACCGUGAAUGUCAUUGCUUCUGGCUGCUUCUCCAAGUUUACAAAAGUAAUGGUAGCUUCAAUGAAGUUUUUCUUGGGGAAAGACACUGAAGAAAAGGAAUCUGAUUCUGAUUCUGAUGAAGAAAUAGACCCCAAAGAAGUGAUGAUGGCCAACAAAGUCAAUAAAAAGACCAGAAAAAGAGAAAAACAAUUGAGUAAAGUUAAAAAAAUGGCGUCAAAGGCAUACAAGAAGAAAUCUGCAGCACCUGUUUUUAAUUUUUCUGCUUUACAUUUGAUCCAUGACCCACAAGGCAUGGCUGAAAAACUCUUUAACCAAAUAGAAACAACAAAUAAGAGAUUUGAAAUUAAAAUUUUAACACUUGAUGUUAUAUCACGGCUUAUUGGAUUACAUCAACUCUUCUUAUUCAGUUAUUAUCCUUAUAUUCAACGAUUUCUACAGCCGCAUCAACGCGAAGUAACGAGAAUAUUACAAUUUGCUGCACAAGCAAGCCAUGAGCUGGUCCCUCCAGAUGUUAUUGAACCUGUAUUAAAAACUUUAGCCAACAAUUUUAUUACUGAGAGAAACUCAUCAGAUGUUAUGGCUAUAGGACUGAAUGCAGUGCGUGAGAUAUGCUCAAGAUGUCCUCUUGCCAUGAAUGAAGAUUUAUUACGUGAUUUAGCAAUGUAUAAAAACUACAAAGAUCGAGCUGUAAUGAUGGCGGCUAAAUCUCUUAUCCACUUAUUUAGAAACACAAGGCCUGAGUUACUUCAUAAGAAAGAUAGAGGGCGUCCUACUGAAGCAACUGAAGAACUUGGCUCAAUAAAUUAUGGGCAAGUUGAUGCUAAAGAUUAUGUACCAGGGGCUGAAGUACUUUUAAAAGAAGAUGACGAGGAAGUUGAGAUUGAUUCAGAAUCGGGCUCCGAUGAUGAGCAGUGGAUUGAUAUAAAACACUCUUCUGAUGAGGAGGAAGAAAGUGGUGACAAUAGCAGUGAACAGGAAGCAGAAGAAGAGGAACAGGAAGAAGAAAAUGAAACACAGGAACGCAAAAUACUGAGAGCGAAAAAAUCGUCGGAAGAUAAAUCUAAAAGAGACUUGGCACACAAAAUAACCAUCGACCGCAUUUUAACUGAUGAAGACUUCAAGAAAAUUGAUAUGGCCAACAUUAGAAAACAGGUUCAGGGCCCUAAAAAAGGAACAAAGCGGAAAAUCGAAGAAAUUAACCGAAGUGAGCCGUCUGAACUUGUCAAAUUGGGAGAUAUAGAAAACAUAUACAAGAAACGAAAGCAUGAUAAACAAACAAGAGUUGAAAGUGUUAAGGCGGGACAAGUGGAUCGAGAGAAAUUUGGAUACAAAGAUGGGAGAUUGAACAUUCACUGCUCAAAAACGAACCGGGAAAAAAGGAAAACGAAAAAUUACCAAAUGGUGAAACACAAAAUGCAAAGAAAGGGAAAACGGAGUUUCAAAGACAAGCAAAUUGCGUUAAGAAAUCACUUGUUAAAGUUGAAAAAAAUGAAAUAAUUUUGUAUUUUUCUUGUUAUUUAACAAAUUAUAAAUAAAUUAAAUAAAAAAUAUUUUUGAUGAAGCAA